UGAGCGGCAAUGAUCAGUUCUAUCUUUGGGUAGAUGAUAGUGACAAAAACCAAGGAACCUCGUGCCGACCUCAUGCCCUAGUAUUCUACCCGCAAUGAUGGUGAUGUUCUGAUCUGGCUUCUGUAGCGCGCUUAUCCAUGAUCAAAAACCCACUACAUAUUCAAGUGCUGAUGCGAUCGUGUUCCCCGCUGAUACCAAUCGAACUCACACAAGAUGGAGAUUUCUAUGCGCAACAUCCCUCUGGCAGUUACCACAGAUGACUUGACAAUCGAGUUCGCCAAGAUCAUUCACAAUCCCCCUUUCCCAACCAAUCCUCUUCUCAACUUUGAAAUCUAUAUAUCAGACGGGUCACACCCGAACGGACAGCAAGGCACCCUCACUCUGCCAAUGGAGGAUGCCGGUGUCGCUCUCUUGCGUGUUCAUGGUGGCGCAGGGAUUGUCGUCAAAGGCCGACCAAUCCUCCUCAGCAGGAGCACGCAGGCGAUCCACGAGGUCCGAAUCAAGAGAUUGAAUGAUGUUCCAUGGUGCAACCCAAUACAGUUGCGAGAGAAGCUUGAACGGCUUCUCUAUAGAAAUAAGUCUCUUCACCUUCCUCACUACUCAUUCGGCCGCUUCCUCCGGGACGGAUCUUUUUCUUCGCAGGUCUCCCCUGCUGGUCUAGCUUAUGUGUUUUGUGACUUGGAGCGUCGGCAGGUAUGCUUCACGUUCAAGCCCCAGCUGAACACAUAUGAGCACCUGGAUGAUUAUGUCGAUUGGGCGGAGGUCAUGGGGGACACAAUCGUUACUGCAUCUUAUGCGGCUCUGAAUAUUGCACUAGUGGGUAACCGGGAUGAAGAUACCACUAUCGUGUUCAUUCGUGCCGACGCGCCCCCUGUGUACUCCUUGGAACGUGACUCCAAUGGAAAUGGGAACACCAGCUCUGACCGUCUGGUGGGCUUGGGUUCUAAUGAAGUCAUACCUCCUGGCUGCCAUAGUCUGAUGCUGGCCUUCGGGAGUCAGUCAGACGCGGAUGUGUUCGUUUACGCGUGUCAAAAUCGUCUUCAUCUGCGGUACUCCACACAACAUCAUAUUCUCAUCCGUGAUCGCGUAGGCUCGAAUAGUAAAUCUGUUGAGAAGUUUCACAGGUUCCUCUCUCAGAUCCCAUACAAGCUUGGGUUCGAGGUGGAAAAGACCCUUGCCAAUUCUAUUUUUAGUCUGGGAGAAAUAGGGUCGCUGAAGGAGGCCAUCCUCUCGUUGCAAGCUGGGCAUGGUAACGAUGCGCCAGAAAUUUUUCGAUCCUUUGCCUCGGAGGUCGAAGGACGCAGUGCAAGUCGCACAACACGUCACAACCAUAGGCAGCAGCAAUCCAGCCAAGGCAAUUUAACGUCUCUUCUUGGCCAAGUUACGCAGGAAUUUAUCAGAGAGCACCAGAAGCCCCGUCCUUUUCUAGCCCCGCCGCCAGGAAGUGGGAUAUACCUAUCCUACCAUCUCAUUCUCACACCGACACGGUACAUCUUGGAGGGACCUAUCCCAGACCAGUCCAAUAGUGUUUUGCGCCGCUAUGGACAUCCAGAGUGCUUCCUUCGUGUCAGUUUCCAGGACGAGAAUCGCUCAAGACUGAAACGGGAGGUCAAUUGUUCCAUUACAGGCCUUUUGCGGAAUCGAUAUCAUUCUAUUCUGCUCGAUGGCUAUCGCAUCGCGGGACGCCAAUUCCAGUUCUUGGGAUAUUCGAUGAGCGGUCUGAAAGAACAUUCGGUGUGGUUUGUGACACCGUUCCAGGAUGAGAAUGGGAAGCUGCUGGAUGCGAAGUCAAUCCGGGACAACCUGGGCGAUUUCUCCAAACUUUACCACCAACCAGCUCGUUUGGCUGCGAGGUGGUCUCAAGCCUUUUCUGGCACGCAUCCGUCAAUCACACUUCUUCCCGAAGAAGUAGAUUUUCGUUGCCCUGACAGAUACUCACCUUCUGGUGAGCUUAUGACAGACGGGUGCAGUUCCAUAUCGGUCGAGCUUGCCAAGGACAUAUGGGUCUCUAUGCAGAGGGGCAAGAAGCGGCCCGCGAACCUGCGAAAUGUCCCAUCAGCCUUCCAAUUUCGACUUGGUGGUGCCAAAGGCAUGGUCGUGCAAGAUCCCACCAUUGGAGGCAAGCUCGUUCGCCUUCGUCCGUCGCAGAUCAAGUUCGAUGCAUUGGAGAAUCUCACUUUUGAUGUCCAAUCGACGUCAGCGGGACCAAUAGCGAUGUUCCUCAAUCGUCCGCUCGUCGUCCUUCUGGAGUUCUUGGGUGUGGACACCGAUAGAAUCAUUGAAUUGCAGGAUGAUGGCAUCCGCAGAGCCCAAUCCGUCCGAUCUUCGUCUACCGAUGCCUCAAAAGUUAUCCAGCAGCACGGACUGGGGGCAUCUUUCCGCCUACCGUCUCUCUUCUCAAAUCUGUCAUCCAUUUUGCAGCUGAAAAUCGGAGACACGGCGGAUGAUCCAUCUCGAUGGACCAGCAAGCUCAUAGAAAGCUCCCUCUACUGCGUCGAGACGCACAUCCUGCGGGACUUGAAGUACCGUGCCCAUAUAGCAGUGCCAGGUUCGUAUACCCUACUUGGCGUUUCCGAUGAAUGGGGCUGUCUGAGGGAGGGAGAAAUAUACGCAACGGUGUUCGAUGAAAGAACGGGAUUUGUUCUGCAUGUCACGGGCAGGAUCGCCAUCACUCGCAGCCCACAGAUUCACCCGGGCGACCUGCAGGUUGUGAGCGCCGUACAACGGCCAGAGUUGAAGCACCUGAAGAACGUCAUCGUAUUUUCUUGCGACGGUCAACGAGCACUUGCAUCGUGUCUGAGUGGGGGCGAUCUUGAUGGCGAUAUAUUCAACCUAAUACUUGAUCCGAGACUGAUACCAACAAAUCGGAAACUCCACGAACCAGGAGAAUAUACAGCAGCGCCCAUCAAGACGACACCGAAGCCGUGUGACAUCUCUGAUAUCGCGGAUUUCGUAAUUGACUAUAUUCAGGCGGACCUCAUUGGUCCAAUCGCCAUAAGUCAUCUCAGGUUUUCUGACCUGAAUGAUCCAGAUUGCAUACAAUGCAUUCAGCUCGCGAAUUUUGCCUCACACGCGCUCGAUUUUCCGAAGAGCGGCACUCCUGUCAACUCCAAAUCCAUACCGUGGCUUCCGAGGACUCAACUUAGACCUGAUUUUCUUGCGAAAGAGGCUGCUGAUCUCACCAGCGGGCAGUACUACAGAAGCACGAAACUGCUCGGUCAACUCUUCCGUCGGGUACCACUGAAGAAUGGGAUACCUCCACCAUGGAACGGGAACUACUCUCCAUCCGACGGAGACACCGUGAAGACCGCACUUUCUCGUGUGGACCUCCGUCAUAUCGGCCUUUCAGGAUUGACCGAUCCCAGUGAAGAGUUGAUCGAGGAGAUGACAUAUCUACUUAAGGCAUAUUGUGAACAGCUUCUGGUCAUCGGGCAAGCGCACACAAUUUCAAAAAACAAGAAUAUCCACGUCUCUGAAGCAGAACUAGUAAGCGGGACCAUCAUGGCGGAUUGGUCAGACCAUCAACGUCGGCGGGAUGCAGUCUCUGCGAUGAACUUGCAGACGCACGAGCUUGUCCGUGCGGUCAAGGCAGAGUUCCAGGCGAAGGGCCUGGGGUUAUCAGAGACGGAAGCGUAUGUGGAAGAGGAUUACGAGGAUUGGGCCUUCCGCGAAGAGUUAGAUGAUGCAGGACAGCGAAGGAUGGCGGAAACGUUCAAGCGCUCUUGGGCGGCGUGGCGUGUAGCGGAAGAUACCCUUGAGGAAGAUCCAAGCAUGUUUGGGGCUCAAAGCUUUGGUUUAAUUGCUCUAGGUAGGAUGCUCAACGUUGUGAAGGCGUCUCGUCUUAUGUAAAGGAUCAUGCACACUCAGCCCAUAUUAUCAUUUUAAUGCAUUACUGCCCGAAAAUGAUUGCAUUGGUGGUAGAACUUAGACUCGUG